AUCAAUUUCAGAAUUACAUGAGAAUUUCAGUGUAACCCAUUUUGUAAUCUUGUACAUCUCCCUUCUUUCCCAGAUCCCACGAAGUCACAGAUACUGAUGGAAACAUAUGAACUUUUAGUGAUAUCUCUGGUCACAAUAACGACAGCUGAAGCAUCGUCGCCAACGUACAACCUCACAUCAACACCAGCUACAGCGUACAACCUCACGUCAACACCAGUUAUAACGUACAACAUCACGUCAACACCAGCUACAGCGUACAACAUCACGUCAACACCAGUUAUAACGUACUUCCUCACAUCAACACCAGCUACAGAAGGACAGCCAUGUAUUCUGUCUUGUACACAUGGGUUAGGUCGUACUAUAAGCACUGCCUUGUGGUAUAGGAACUGGGUUCGGAUAUUCCAGACAAACUGGAGAUACCAGUUUGAGAUGCUUGACAAGGACGUAGAUCAUGAGGAGUUCCGGUCCGUGUCAGGACGGAUCUCUGUUGAUGCCACCCUGAACCGCCACAACGUGAUUCUCACCAUCAACUCUACUGUGGAUGAGGAGUCUGUGUGGACGUGUGGUGUUGGGGUGGACACCAGUAAUAACCUGACAGUAAGGAUGAUGGCGACAGUCACUGCUGAAUCCACCACAACAACUACAGCAUCCCCAGCAACGCUGACUGCAUCAGAACAGUGUGAUUGCAGUGACUCCUCAUGUAAUUCAGUCCUCGCCCCUGUGGCUGCUGGUGUUGGAGCAGCACUUAUGAUUGCUGUUGCUGUUAACGUCCUCAUCUGGUACCGGGUGAUUGGAUCGCGAACACAGAAAACCAAAGAUGUAGACCCCAACAUAGAAGAAAACAACGCCUACUGCUUGACGCCCUAUGGCGGUCACCACCACAGCGGCGACUACACCGACAUCGCCAUCAUCAGACCAGUGUCCUUCAUUGAACCGAUGUACAGUGGCGCCAUGGAGAUGGAUACUGAACUCUACAUCAACGCUGUCGACGGCGAAACCAUCUACGAGGACGCCACUUUCACCAGGACGGAUCCCGAUAUUUCCGAUGCCAUUGCAAUGUGAUGAGUU